CCAGGGCAUGCGUGCUUUGCGUCGGAAUGUACCAUCUAGCUGAAACACCGGGAAGGAUUUUGUUGUGACAGCGGAGUAACAACCCGGUGGGGGUAAAGGGUCAUAUAGGUUUAUCAACUCCUGGAUUGGCCAUGGCCUUCAGCAAGGGAUAUCGCAUUUACCACAAGCUCGAUCCACCACCUUACAGUGUCAUAGUGGAAACAAGGGCCAGGGAGGAAUGCCUCAUGUUUGAAUCAGGGGCUGUUGCUGUGUUGUCGGCAGCAGAAAAGGAGGCCAUUAAAAAUACAUAUUCCAAAAUUGUUGAUGCUUAUGGAAUUCUUGGCGUCCUUCGCCUUAACCUGGGUGACUCCAUGCUCCACAGCCUUGUCGUUGUGACAGGAUGCAGCUCAGCUGGAAAGGUGCAGGAUUCCGAGGUUUUCAGGGUCACACAGACUGAUUUCAUUUCGCUGAAGAAUGAUCCUGGAGAUGAGGACCGUAUUGCAGAGGUGCGCAAAGUACUCAAUUCAGGACACUUCUACUUUGCCUGGUCUUCAACGGGAGUCAGCAUGGACUUGAGUCUCAACGCACACCGUAGGAUCCUGGAGGAUACUACAGAUAACCGCUUCUUUUGGAACCAAUCUCUGCAUCUGCACCUUAAACAUUACGGAGUCAAUUGCGAUGACUGGCUGCUGAGGUUGAUGUGUGGCGGCGUGGAAAUCAGAACCAUUUACGCAGGCCACAAACAGGCAAAGGCCUGCAUCUUCUCCCGCCUCAGCUCAGAGCGAGCCGGCACACGAUUCAAUGUCCGAGGGACUAAUGACGACGGACAAGUGGCCAACUUUGUGGAGACCGAACAGGUUAUUUUCCUGGAUGACAAAGUCUCAUCAUUCAUUCAGAUUCGGGGGUCCAUUCCUCUCUUUUGGGAACAGCCUGGAAUCCAGGUCGGCUCCCAUCGAGUCAAACUCUCUCGGGGAUUUGAAGCAAAUGCUCCAGCUUUUGAAAGACAUUUUACUGCACUCAGGAGGUUGUAUGGAAAGCAGGUGAUCAUCAACCUGCUUGGAAGUAAGGAAGGGGAGCACAUGCUCAGCAAAGCCUUUCAGAGUCACCUGAAGGCAUCAGAGCAUGCGACAGCAGUGAAAAUGGUUAAUUUUGACUACCAUCAAAAUGUUAAAGGUGGCAAGACGGACAAACUCCAGAGUGUCCUCAAACCGUACCUCAACAAAUUCGUAGAUGAGUGCGGCUUCUUCUACUACUCCGGGGAAACGGGCAUUGUGAGGACUCAGGGAGGGACCCUCAGGACCAACUGCCUGGACUGUUUGGACAGAACCAACAGUGUUCAGGCUUUUUUUGCUCUGGAGAUGCUGCCCAAGCAGUUGGAACAAAUGGGUUUGACAGAAAAGCCGCAGCUGGUGGCCCGAUUCCAGGAGGUUUUUAGGAACAUGUGGUCCAGUAAUGGGGACUCUGUCAGUAAGAUCUACGCUGGCACCGGAGCACUGGAUGGGAAGGCCAAGGCUGGAAAGCUAAAAGAUGGAGCUCGUUCUGUGACGCGGACCAUCCAAAACAACUUCUUUGACAGCUCUAAGCAGGAAGCUAUCGACAUCUUGAGGCUGGGUUCCACGCUGAACAGCGAUUUAGCAGACAAAGCUCGAGCCUUGCUCACCACUUCCAGUCUUUAUGCCUCUCCAAGAGUAUUGCUGGGAAUGUGUCAGAACUACCAUAAAUACACAAGGCCCAAGCAAAUUCGAGUGUGUGUCGGGACCUGGAAUGUCAAUGGGGGUAAACAGUUUAGGAGCAUUGCUUAUCGCAACCAGACCCUCAACGACUGGCUGCUUGAUGCUCCAAAAAAGGCAGGGAAUCCUGAGUUCCAGGACAGCAAAGCCGAUCCCAUUGAUAUCUUUGCCAUCGGUUUUGAGGAAAUGGUUGAACUGAAUGCUGGUAAUAUUGUCAGUGCCAGCACAACCAACCAGAAACUUUGGGCAGCUGAACUCCAGAAAAACAUUUCAAGGGACCACAAGUAUGUGCUGCUUGCUUCAGAGCAGCUGGUGGGAGUGUGUCUGUUUGUUUUCAUCCGACCUCAGCACGCACCCUUCAUCAGGGAUGUCGCUGUGGAUACCGUGAAGACUGGAAUGGGUGGGGCCACAGGUAAUAAAGGAGGCGUGGCCAUCCGCCUGCUGUUUCACACCACCAGCAUUUGCUUCGUCUGCUCCCACUUUGCUGCCGGCCAAUCACAGGUCAAGGAGAGGAACGACGAUUACAACGAGAUCACCCGCAGACUCACUUUCCCCAUGGGCCGCCUGCUUUACUCACACGAUUAUGUGUUCUGGUGCGGAGACUUUAAUUAUCGGAUCAGCCUACCGAAUGAGGAAGUGAAAGAACUCAUCAAACAGCAGAACUGGGAUGCUCUGACAGCUGGGGAUCAGUUGGUUGAACAGAAGAACGCUGGAAUGGUCUUCCGGGGUUUUAUUGAAGGAAAUUUAGAUUUUGCCCCCACCUACAAGUACGACCUCUUCUCAGAAGAUUAUGACACCAGUGAGAAGUGCCGCACACCCGCCUGGACUGACCGCAUCCUCUGGAAGAGAAGGAAGUGGAACUUUAACAAAACAGCUGAAGAGAUGAACGUCGUUGGUGCAGCCUCAACAUCUGGAGAAACUGAAGAUGAUCCUGAGGAAGAAUGGAGCCCUGGUUCAUUGAAGUACUAUGGCAGGGCUGAACUUAAGACCUCAGACCACAGGCCUGUGGUGGCGAUAAUGGACGUGGACAUUCUGGAGGUGGACCCAGAGGCCCGGCACCAGGUGUACAAAGAUGUCAUUGCCCGUCAGGGGCCUCCAGAUGGCACCAUCCUGGUGUCACUGUGCUCCUCUGGUCCCGACGACUACUUCAGUGAUGAGCUCAUAGAUGAGCUGCUGGAUAAGUUUACCCAGUAUGGAGAGGUCAUCCUCAUCAGGUUUGUUGAGGAGAAGAUGUGGGUUACCUUCUUGGAAGGUUACUCUGCUCUAGCUGCUCUGUCUCUCAGUGCUUCCACCGUCCUUGGAAAGAUGAUUGACAUCCGCCUUAAGAGUCCAGGCUGGAUCAAGAGUCUUGAGGAGGAAAUGAGUGUGGAUAGAAUCUGUGGAAGCAUUCCUACGUCAGCCAGCUCCACCCUGCUUGCAGAGGAUGCGGAUAUGGGUGACGACGAUUAUGACAUGGAGGGUGAUGUUGAUGAGGAGGUGGAAGAGAUCCUCCCCCAGCACCUCCAGCCUGGAGCCGGCUCCGGCCCUGGAUCCUCCCCUGGUCCCUCACCGCGGAGUAGCCCCUGUCCCUCUCCCACCCAGGGAGAACCUUCAGCUCCCAGCCGGCCCAGCCGUGGACAACCCUCCCGACCAUCACAAGGACCCCCUGUGGACUUCCAGCCUGGUGCCCCCACUGCUCAAGGCCUGGAACCCAAGCGCCCCCCUCCUCCCCGUCCCAAUGCACCUCCAGCCAGACCUGCUCCCCCUCAGCGUCCACCACCACCUUCAGGAUCGAAAAGCCCUGCUCUCCCUCGGCCAGAUGCUGCUGCAGGUCGUGGCCAAUCUGCAGCUGGAGCUCCAGGACCAGGAGGUGCUGCCAGACCAAAUAUUCCGCCUCGAGCUGGAGUGAUCAGCAUGCCUCCUCAGCAUCGCCAACAACCUCCCUCUCACCCCGGGGCGCCCAGGCCCAUCCCGGAGGUGCAUCCCGGGGCCCCUCGGCCUGUCCCAGAUAACCAUCCAGGAGCCCCACGGCCCGUACCCAGCGGGCAAGCCAAACCCCACGACCUGCCACUGGGUCUUCCACCCUCAGGGACCUCUUCUGCAGCCCCCUCUGCGGUGAAACCACAAACUCAGUCACCCAUGCAGGCCCCCAUGCAACCGCAGCAAGCUCCCCCUUCUGCUCAGUCUCAACUGCCCCCGCCAAUGCAGCCCACAUAUCCUGCACCCCUGCAGCCACAGCAGGCAGCAGCUCCACCCGCCGCCACCCCCCCUGCCGGGCCUCAGCAGGGCCUGGCCUCCCCUAAACCACCUCCUCGCUCCCGCUCCACUCAUGCUUUGCCACCCGAAGCUGCCAAGCCCGAUUCAGCCCCAGAUGCACAGAUGAAUGGACUGAAUGGAUUCCAGAGAGAAGCACAAUGGAAGCCUGACCCCUUCAACACACUUGCAUCAGAUUUCCUCUCCCCUGCUUCCUCCUGGCACGCCACCCAGUCACUGAGCAGAGGCUCCUCCCUGCGUUCUCCACCUUCCGUUCCUCAGUCUGCCCUCUCCUCCGCCACCCUCCCCUCCUCCUUCUCCCUCCAGUCCUCCAUGUUAUCAGACCUCCAGGCGCUGGACUCAUCCUCCUCUUCCUCGCUCUCCACCCCAUCGCCGUUCGCCUCCUCCCUGCUCCCGCCUCCGCCGGUCCCGUCGCGCAGCCGCUCGCAGGAGAUGCUGCGCGCUUCACCCAACCCCUUCCCGACCGACCCCCUCCCCGCCCGGCCCAGCAGCACCAAUCCCUUCACAGGCCCUCUGGCUCAGCAUCAGCAGAGGCGCCCCCUCACCCCGGAUUUCAGCCUCCAGCACCAGGCCAUGGCAGCAAACCUUCAGAGAGCCGCCCACACCCACCCGCUGGUCCCCGCCGCUGCGGCUGCCCCCUCAGCGGCCCCCCCCGCCCAGCUCAGCAGGACCAUGUCUCUGUUCGGUCCAUCGGCCAGUCAUAACUCUGUCCACGCGUCUCUGCUCCCUCUCGCCUCCACUCCCUCCGUAGCUCCCACUUUGCCCCUGGCUCCGCCCUCCACGCUCCCAGCUGCCCUCGCUCCUCUCCGCCAGCCCCCCCCCUCAGCGGGGAAACAAAGGCAGUGGGUCACUUUCGAUGACGAUUUGGAUCGUCCAGCCCCAACCAAAACGCAACAGAACCCUGUCUUCCCACCCCCUUCUCUGGUGUCCCAACCUCAGACUCAGCCCGCCCGCUCCGUGUUCGACUCAGAGCCCGACUGGUUAUCCCCUGCCCCCAACCCAAACCCUUUCCCAACCAUACCCCCUCCCGUCCCAACUAGAACUGCAACCAGUUACCCAAAGCUCCCAGAGGGACCCAGUAACAACUGCUUCUUCCCCAGGGAGUCGACUGAGAGAUAACGUCGCCCUUCAUAUGUAAGGGGCAUAUCCAGAUAUGUAUAGAUCUAUGGAAAAUGUCAGUGUGUGUGUACAAAAGAGACAGUAUUUAAAAGGUAUCGACCAAUCCCCUUCAGAGUCACAGGAAAGGAUUAAUAUCUGGAGCAGUAAUGUAAAGAGAGUCUGAGAGGUUUACUUGUUCCCCUGCUAACAGUUUUAAUGUUAUUCGCUCCGUUUAUUGUUACUCAAGGCAGCAAACCUGUGCCUGUGUCUACAGUUUGUUGUACUAUAUCUAAAUGCACAGUUAAUGUGUUUAACCAUGUGUGCAAUAUCAAAAUAUGUCUGUGUGGCUGUGCUGCCUUUACUUGUAGACUUUAAUCUAAAUAUUUGAUGCGUUACAUUUGCUUCGCCCUGUCUUCGUUUUAUAACCAUCCGAUCAUAGAAGAUGAAUUCUCAGAGCUGAUGGUUACAUAGGUCUUUUUUUUGGUUUUGUGACAUAUAUCAGGGGAUACACUUUAACUGUUUUACAUUUGUCCCACAUUUGUUUAAGUCAAAGUUUUCAUGAGUCUUCUUGUUUUGUUUGGAGUCUAAAAAGGUACAACUAACAAAACUACACUGCACACAUUCCUUCUUUCUGAAUGUCCGUUAAUUUUCACGGGGUUUUGCCUCCAUGUUUACGCACAGCCUGAAAAUGAACAUGUAAGUCAGUCCACUGCAGGGCUGGUGCCGAUAGUAAGACGUUUACUUAUUUCUCAUCAGGCUACAUUAUUUGUGAACCAAGGCACUUAGCUCAAUUUUUUUUUUGUUUUUUUUUUGUCCAUAUAUCAGAAC